UGACCCUGUCGUGCACUGACCGGAUUUGGAGAAGUUUGGAUUUACUUGUUGAGAUGCUGAGAUGCUCUCCUGCCUCGGUCUCUGUGUCUGGUGAAUGAUUUCAGACAGUCCUGGAAGCUUUAGUUGGCGUCAGUCUUUUGCGCUCCACUGAAUAGCAGACAUAUAAAAGGGACAUAUUCUCUGAGAGGCCGCCGUUUGGGACUAAAUGCGGAGAUGCAAGGCCACUUAGUGGACUCCACGUUGAUACAUUUUGUCAAUGACAUUAACCUGAUGGAGUUUCCGCAAAAGUACACUUUGGAACCAAAUCAGCAGGUGGAUAAUGACCCGUCCAGCCCGAACGACCCGAUGCGGCUGAAUGACCUGCCCUGGAACCAGAACCUGGAAAACGGCGUGCGCUCUGAACAUCUGGUGAUGGGCUCACCGCGGUACUACAGCCCCAGCAAGUCCAAACGGAGGAGGAUCAUCACCGUGGUCCAACGGCAGGCGGCCAAUGUGCGGGAAAGGAAGCGGAUGUUUAGCCUGAAUGAGGCGUUUGAUGAACUGAGGAGGAAAGUUCCCACAUUCGCUUACGAGAAGAGACUGUCGCGCAUCGACACACUCCGUCUGGCCAUCGUUUACAUCUCCUUCAUGACGGACCUGCUGGAGCAAAACAGUCAAAACAGUCCAAUAUGACCUUUAUUCCAUGGAGAUUUGACUGGGUCGAAUUUAACACUGAUGUCAGAGAUGACAAAGACACUGAAAAGGUUGAGCAUUCAUUCUGAAAUGUUGGAACUAGAUAACAGGAAAUAUUUGAAAGGACUACACACUUUUUCUUUUCACAACGUUUAAAAAAAAGUAUAGAACUGACAGCAUAAUAUUAUUUUGCCAGUGGCAUAAAUUAUUAGACUUGACCUAAGCAGGCCGAGCGAACCUUCUUCAAAUAUUUCAUUUAAUAUAUGUGACUUAUUGUUGUUUUAAAAUAAA